AUGGUCGUCAUCCACGCACAACCCAGCUCCUCCUCUACCACACACAAGAAGAACCGCCGAAAACUGUCCAAGAAACCAUUGACCACGCCCGUAGGCGCAUCUUCACGAAAUGACGAGGACAACGAGAUGCAAGAUGCCACUAUCGACCUUUCCGAAGUUAUCCCAGCUACAUCUACACUAGCUGAGAAUACCGACACUCCAGCGGAUGAUGAAGUCAUGAUUGACACCGAUCUUGCCUCCUUACCCACCCAAUCUGUAGCACCCGCUUUCCCUCCCCUUCCGGCAUCUGCACAGCGUGCGACGCUGAAGUCAGAAUCUAGGAGAAUAGCAAUACCACCACAUCGUAUGACGCCGCUCAAAAAGGACUGGGUCAACAUUUUCUCUCCUUUGACAGAGAUGCUUCAAUUGCAAGUUCGGAUGAACGUGCAGAGAAAAUGUGUAGAAAUUCGAAGCGUCCGGAACCCAAAGACAUCAAAGCAUACGCAGGACAUUGGUGCAAUCCAAAAAGGCGCUGACUUCGUCAAGUCAUACGCACUUGGCUUCGAUGUGAAUGAUGCCAUUGCCCUCCUCCGGUUAGAUGACCUCUAUCUUGAUUCCUUUGAGAUCAAGGAUGUCAAGACACUGCACGGAGACCAUCUGUCCCGUGCCAUUGGCCGGAUAGCCGGUCAAGACGGGAAAACAAAAUUUACAAUUGAAAAUGCUAGUCGGACUCGAAUUGUCCUUGCAGACACAAAGAUACAUAUACUAGGUUCAUUCCAGAAUAUUAAGAUUGCGCGCGAUGCGAUUGUAUCUCUCAUCCUGGGAUCACCUCCUGGAAAGGUGUAUGCAGGGCUUAGGACUGUCAGCAGUCGCAUGCGGCAGAGAGCUCUGUAA